AUGGCGAACGACAUCCUCGCCCGGCUGGGCGGUCCCGGAGGGUCCAAGGCGGAGGGCGGGGACGGCUGUGAGCACUACCGCCGGCGGUGCCGGCUGGUGGCGCCCUGCUGCGGGGAGGUGUUCUGGUGCCGGCACUGCCACGACGCGGCAAAGAACGACGGGGAGGCGGACGCCAAGCGCAGGCACACACUCGACCGGCAGGCGGUGAAGGAGGUGGUCUGCGCCCCCUGCGGCGACCGCCAGCCCGUGGCCCCGCGCUGCAGGACCUGCGGCGUGGCAUUCGGCGCUUACACCUGCAUGGUGUGCAACUUCUUCGACGACGACACUGCCAAGGAGCAGUUCCAUUGCGCGGGCUGUGGGAUAUGCAGGGUGGGCGGCCGGGAGAAUUUCUUCCACUGCGACACGUGCAACUGCUGCUACACCAAGGACAUACAGGGAAGCCACGUCUGUGUGCAAAACAGCAUGCACCGCAACUGCCCGGUGUGCUACGAGUAUUUGUUUGACUCCAGACGGAAUGUGUCUGUGCUACGGUGUGGCCACACAAUACACAAGGAGUGCCUCGAUGAGCUGCUGACCCACAGCCAGAACUGCUGCCCACUGUGCAAAAAGACGGUGGGAGACAUGUCAAGUACAUGGAGGAGGAUGGAUGCCACCGUGGAGUCCAUGCCAAUGCCAGAAGAGUAUGCAAACAAGAUAAUCCGCAUCCUGUGCAACGAUUGCCAUGCGAGGAGUGAGGUCUACUUCCAUUUUAUUGGCCACAAGUGCGGUGACUGUGGAGGAUACAACACAGUCCAGUGCUGA